AUCAAAGGUCUGAACUUCUGUAGUUCGUAACAGGUGUGAGUUUGAAAAAGUAUUCAUCCUUUGUGGGCUUUAGCUGUCUUGGGAUUUUUGUUUAUUUUUAUUUUUAAGUUUGUUUUUGUUGUUUGUUCUACUCACGUAAGGACAGCUUAGUAAAAGACUAGUGCUUAUUCGUGACUGGGUUCUUGCUGUUUAACCAAAGGAUCCCAUUGUGAUUCGGAAAUGAGAGACUGAGAGCGACGGAUCUGAGCGAGCCAACGAGUACUCCAGUGCGCAUGUGUGGGCGCAGGAAGUAGCUGUUCCGGUCGGUGUGGGCAGUUCCUCGCCAAAGUCCAAAAGUUUGAUAUUUCUUCACACCUUUGAUAGGAAGUCAGCACUUGACGACUGCACAGUAGUCACGUGACAGUGCUUCCGCCAAGGAGGGCGGAGGAGGAUGGGAUGCGGUGGCUCGAAGAAGUCAACAGAAGACGAGCCCUCUCCCAAGCCUAAUGGCAAAACACCACCGCCAUCAAAAAGUCCGAGCAAAGAGUCAGCCAAGGACAACAAACAGCUGGAGAGUAAGCCGACAGAAUUCUGUAACACAACUGAUAGAAACAUCGAAGAAAAGCCUCAUGGGAACUAUGUUGCGAACAUCGGCUCGGUCAAUGGGACCAUCAAGUCGGAGUCACCGGACUCAAAAAUAACCGACAAAGGUUUUAAGUUGAAAGUGCGAGAGAAGCUAAGAGAUGCAACUGAAGGUGAAAGUAUAGAACAGCUGGAAACCGCCAUGGUGCGAUUUGAACGUAGCCACCUGGAAGACAAGGGAGACUAUAGCCGUGCAAAGGAGAGACUGCAGUACUUGACACUGAGGAGAGACCUGCGUGACGCUGUCCUGAGAAGUCACGUGGGAGUGCUGGAGAAGACUAUCGCUAACGCACGCAACUCCCAGUUCGAAGGUCGACUUCACAAGCAGAUCGAAGCUGCAGAGCGGAAGCUGGCUGACCUGAAGGAGCUGGAUAAGUACAAGCAAGAGCUGGAGCAGACCACCAUUUCUGAGAUUCACAGCUACCAGCGGCCUCCCUCCUGCGUGCAUGACGUCAUGGCAGCCACCUACAUGUUGCUGGGGCACCCCGAGUCCAAACUCGCGGAGUGGUCUCACAUCCAGUUCCUCAUGUGUACCGUAGGACGGGAGAGCCUCAUGCAUCAGGUUCAUGAGUUCGACACGCAGCGCGUGAGCGAGGAGACAGUGCGGCGCGUGCGGGACAUGCUGCAGCAGCACGACAUCGACACCGUCGGCCAGGCCAGCAUCGGCGCCGCCGCCUUCUACGUUUGGGCUAGGAAUAUCUGUGACAAGAUAGACCGCGACACGCAAAAGGAGUCCGAGAGACUUCGGCAGGAAGAACUGGAAGAACAGAAGAAAGCAGAAAAUGAAGAGAAAAGCCCGAAAAAGAAGUGAAAAGGCGAACGUUUGUGGUUCUCUAGUGACGUGUACUUUAGUAGCACCACGGAGUGCAACACCUCACUGUGCUAGGCAUUCUUUGUAGUUGCCUGCUCUUUAAAAAAAAAAAGCGAACCAUGCACGCGUUAUCUAACACCAAAGCUUGCCACGUACAGAUAUAUACCACGAGUCACUUCAAGCUUUGGCUUGGAAAUGAGAUGGAGGAUUGACAGAGAAUGAAGGUGGAAGUGCAGGGAGAUUUACCUCAUCAAAUGUAGAUUUUCACAAAAUAAAUUGACAGGGUUGCCUUCUGUUCGAGGCACGCUCUACUUGUACUACAUGGCAUUGCUGAACUGUUCACAAUUAAACUUUUCAUUUGGAAUCCCAAAAAGCAUGUGCCUUUAAAGAUCAGUAACUGUAGAAAAAGCUACCGUGCUCGUCCAGAUUGCAGAUAAUAAUGAUGCUAAAACAAGAAAAACAAUCUAAACCCGAUCAUUUUUUUAAAAAGAUAAUUAGAGGACUGUUAAAGGGAGAUAGUCGUGGAGCUAAAAACUUUUCUAAAUCUGCUUGCCUCCCUUGCAUCGUUGUGCUCUUUACCUGGUGGAAGACAGAGCUCCUGGCAUGAGGUUUAGCAGGAUGCCUUAUAUUUAAGUCGUGACAGUUAAUAAACAAUGCGCUUUGUGUGACUGCACAAAA